CUCUCUGGAGCAGAAGAGAGAGAUCCCUCUUUUUCUCCUUCAGUGGCAUGACAAAUAUCCCCAGUGCUGGAGAGAGAGCAUAUCAAGAGGCAAACGAGAAGGGGAGAGAGAUAGCAGCCAGCGUGACAGAUAAGAGCGUGGCAGAACUCGUGGGGCUGGGGAAAGAGAGAGCAAGUGCACCACAGUGUCAGGCAAGGCUGCUGCCUGCACACACACAAACACUCACACACACAUACAUACACACACACGCACGCACGCACGCACACACACACACACGCACACACGCACAGGCAGACCCCUCAGCCCGGCUGCACCAGAAGAAGUUCAGAGAGAAGACUGACCUUAAGAAGGUGGGUUGGCGGACGUUUCGUCUGUGGAUUAACUUGAAUAUCAUGGCUUGCCUUAAACUGAGCCCUCUUGUCCUGUAGAGGAGUUGUGUGUUUCCGCUCUAGAAGAACUUGCCGCGUGUUUACAGCCUGAGGGAGGAUGGAGAAGCUGUCAGGGAAGGACAAGGAGCUGGUACGAGGCAGCUGGGAGAGCCUGGGCAAGAAUAAAAUUCCUCAUGGUGUCAUCAUGUUUUCCAGACUGUUUGAGCUGGACCCGACGCUCCUCACUCUUUUCCACUACACUACAAGCUGUGGCUCCACACAAGACUGCCUCUCCAGCCCCGAGUUCCUGGAUCAUGUCACCAAGGUGAUGCUUGUGAUCGAUGCAGCAGUCAGCCAUCUGGACGACCUGCACUCCUUGGAGGACUUUCUACUCAACCUGGGGAGGAAGCAUCAGGCUGUGGGAGUCAACACGCAGUCAUUUGCUAUGGUGGGUGAGGCCCUUCUCUACAUGCUGCAGUGCAGUCUGGGCCAGGCCUACACGGCACCGCUGCGUCAAGCCUGGCUCAACAUGUACAGCAUCGUGGUAGCAGCGAUGAGCCGAGGAUGGGCCAAGAACGGGGAGGACAAGGCCGACUGAGGCGCACUGCGGUAGCUGCUGAGCAAGUCGCUGUCAAAUCACUCAACAUGGUUGCCAUGGAAUAAGGUUGUGUAACUUGCAGCAUUGUGGCUUUGGCUGCUGUACAUUUGCUCUUUGACUGAGGUUGCUUGGCGUAGCGAAUGUACGGUGUGGUUACACUUUACAAUCGGAUCGACCAAUCGCAGAGUUUCUUUUCUUUGCUGUGGAUGUUUAGCUACCAGACGAGGCUGCUGUACAGCUGUUCUGAGCCGGCUUGCUUUGGACCUUCUAGGUCUGGAGCUGUAAUCUGAGCGCCUCACACUGAGAAAAAGCAAAAAGGGUAACUGUUGAGUCUCUUUGUAUAUAAUGGCUUUGAUAUAUCUACUCAAAUAACACUGGCUGUAGUGGUCUUUUGAUGUAUCUUAAAAGAGUUGCACAAUUGUGAAACACUAGAUAUUAUAUUUAGGCAUCACAAACUACUCAAACUGUGAUGGUUACUGUGGCCAGCGUGGCAGCUCUCUAUCUAACUGGAACACAGUGAUUCUGUACACAACACGUUAAAAGGUUUGGGACAAAGCAAUGUGAUUAUACAGAAGAGAGUCCCAUCACCUUAAUCAUAAUCAUACUGUGUUUUCUAUAGAUAUUACACAUCAUUACAACUACGUUUGUGUGUGACUUUGUUAUCUAACAUUUAACCUAUUGAUCAAAACAUAUUUUCAAUAGAUACUGACAAGAACUGUUACACUCUCUGAUAGGUCUCCUCAGCGAUCUAUGACUGUUAAGGCGUCCAUGUGCACCUUACUCAACAUGGUGUGUGGCACUCUCCUCGGUAGAGGUUGUCAUUACUUCAGCUGACUGUUAAACUACAACUAAUAGACUGUUAACUCUUUACUUUAGAGUGAAGGGCAUCUUUGGGGAAUUAUAACAUCUUUGUUCUUGGCUAUCAGUUUCUAGUCCUUGUUAGUGUAAAGUAGUUUUCUUGUGCUGUAGUCGCUUAUCUUAGUAGUGCUUAUUAACUGUAUUUUUGUGGCUACAAACGAAGCAUUACCUCAGCUUUAGAGGUGAGGGUGAGCAGAGUGGCUUGUGUUUUUCCAGCACAUGGAAAGUGGGACUGGAAGUGAAUAUUUAUUUUGGAUUAUGACACAAAGACACACGGAAUUGAUGAUGAUUUUUUUUUCCUUUUAAUUGCUUAACACAGAACAAAUAAUGCAGAUAAUAUGUGUUGUCACUGUCCAAUAUGUGUGUGUGUGUGUUGUUAUUAUUGCUGACAUAACACUGUAUGUAUCAUCCUUAGCUGUUGUUGACAUUCAUGGUCAUAAUGCCAAGUAACUUAGCAACAGUGCGCCAAGUAUUAGAUAAUAACACCAUACAACUGUAAAUCCAAGCUGCUGAUAUGUGGUUAUUAUCGCUUCAGUCUGAGUUUACAUUUACAAAGUUUAUUUUUAUAUUCUGAAAUGUUUGUGUUGUUAAAGAGCAUUGUUUUGUUUUUUUCAAAUGUGACAUACAGUGUAUCCUCCAGAUGUGUUACCUUGUGUGGGUUUCAUUUAAUCAAAAUAAUAGAAAUAUAUAUAUAUAUCUAUAUAUAGAUAUAUAUAUCUAUAUAUAUAUAUCAUCAACUUCUAAAUGUACAGUCCUUACAGAAAAUGACACAAGUUGAGUUUUCUAUUGAACUGUUUUAUCCCUGCAUCGUCUGUUCAGUCUGUACAGGUGUAAUGUUUAUUAACUGAUUGUGUACGUGGUGUAUUGAUAGUGAUUUAUUUCUUAGUAUCAGUACACAGCCCUAUGCAGGUUGUUCUUCACAUCUCUGUUUUCAAUUACCCGACAUUAGGUCUUAUUAGCAGGCAUGACUGGUAACUGGAAUGGUAUCCUUUUAACAUCCAGCUCUGUACAUAUUGGGUGUGUCACUGUCUACCUCAUCAUUAUCAGCUGCUAUUGAACAGCGAUGACUUCACCUAGUUAUCCUUCAACCAAAAACGCACAGUAUUAUUAUAGUUAAUGCAAGCAAGCACUCUUUGUAAACUGGAUUCCAUCCUAAACAAAACAUGUUGUGUGCUUAUUUGAGACUAAAUAAAGUGAUCUUCUGUGGAUAUUUUACUGCU